UGGAGAUGCCUGUGGUAUAAAAAGUAUUGUAGGAUAAACAUUAAUUUCUUUUAAAACCGCACUGAAAACCCAGGGGAGCAUUUAUUGAUGAGUUCAUAGAUGGCAGAGGAAGUGUUAUUAGCAGAAGAUGGGAAAUGUGUGGGGUCUCUCACCAAGUCGCUGCUGGCCGUGGCUUUCCUGGCCUCGUUCGGUAGCUCCAUGCUCUAUGGCUACAACCUGGCCGUGGUCAACUCUCCUGCAGAGUACAUCAAGGCAUUCUAUAACCAGACGAUGGUAGCAAGGAACGGGACGGGUCUGGACGACAAGACUCUUACGUUGUUCUACUCCGUCACCGUGUCUGUGUUUGCCAUCGGGGGCAUGGUGGGCAGCCUCACGGUGGGCAUACUAGUCACCAGAUUUGGAAGGAAAGGCACCCUGGUGAGAAUCACAUGCCUGGUGUUUAUAGCUGGAGCCUUCAUGGGCUUCAGCAGGACCUUCGGCUCUCCAGAGAUGAUCAUUGUUGGACGCUUCAUCACAGGGGUACACUCAGGUAUCUCUCUGAGUGUGGUGCCAAUGUAUCUUGGGGAGAUAGCACCUAAGAAUCUACGUGGGUUCCUGGGCCUCGUGCCUAGCAUCUUUAUCUGUCUAGGAGUCUUCAUCGCUCAGAUCCUGGGGCUACAUGAACUACUGGGAAAGGAAGAGCACUGGCCCCUCUUCCUGUCUCUGGUGGUGAUCCCCACCAUGUUCCAGCUGAUGCUGUUGCCAUGGUUCCCAGAGAGCCCGCGGUACCUGCUCCUAGAGAAGAGGAAUGUCCACGCCACCAUCACAGCUCUGAAGUGGUACCGGUCCAAAGUGAACAUCCAGGCAGAGAUCGAGGAGAUGCAGGAGGAGCAGCGGUCCAUGUCCUCGGUCCAGACCGUGUCGGUCAUCGGUCUGCUGAAGGACCGGAGCGUCCGCUGGCAGGUCAUCACUAUAGUGGUGGUCAAUAUCGGCAUGCAGCUGUCCGGUAUCGACGCGAUCUGGUUCUAUACCAACGCCAUCUUUGGGAACGCAGGUAUCCCAGUCCCUCAGAUCCAGUACACCACGGUUGGAACCGGAGCCAUCGAGGUUAUCGCUGGAUGCGUAGGGUGCUUCACCAUUGAACGACUGGGCAGAAGACCUCUGAUGAUUGGUGGAUUCACCUUCAUGGGAAUAUGCUGUGCAGGGAUCACACUCUCCCUCAUGUUCCAGUCCCACUACAUCAGUGUUGCCUGUGUGGUGGGGAUCAUCGCUGGCUUCUGUAUAGGACCAGCUGGAGUGCCCUUCCUGAUUACAGCAGAGCUGUUUAAACAGUCCCAUCGUCCGGCUGCCUACACCGUGGCUGGAUGCCUCAACUGGCUGUCCAACUUCACCAUCGGCUUUGUCUUCCCCUUCCUACAGAUGUCGGCAGGGGCCUACUGCUACCUCGUGUUCUUUGGCGUGUGCACGGCCGUGGCGGCCUACGUCUUCUUCAUCGUCCCCGAGACCAAGAACAAGACAUUUGUGGAGAUCAGCCAGAUGUUCGCGGCCAGGAACGGCAUGCUGGAGGAGGAGAGCAGCGAACUGGGCGUCGCUAACAACCCCCAACUGGCCAAGACGAACGGCUAUGGUGCCGUCGUCCUGGAGUACGACGUGAUAGAGAAGAAGAAGUAGAGGAGGGGGGAGAGAGAGAGAGAGCGAUAGAGACGUCAGUAGUCUAAAAGUGUCUCUUCAUCUGUACUGAUCUGAAAACACCCCACUGGGCACAGACACAGUUAAACGUCUAUUUUUGAUUUCCAUUUGGUUGAAUCGUCAACUAACGUGAAAUUAACAUAAAAUGUCACCAUGACACUGGCUUUAGGUUAAAAGUCAGAUAAACAUUUUAAAAAGCCAAAAUUCCCUUUUUGCAAAUCCAAUUUGUUUCCCACAUUGAUUCAACGUCAUCACACUGAAUGUAUUUUUGGAAACAACUUUGAUUCAACCAGUUUUUGCCCAGUGGGACAGAAUAGGUGAAAGCAAUGUGGUGGAAUUGGUGGACUUUGCUUUUCCCUGCCCAGUUAGUGCAAAGAAAAAAAUCAUCUGUUUCAAUUCAUUGUUCAGUAUUUCAUUUUGUUCUUCUUCUGAAUCUGUGUUCAUGGUUUACAGAUUCCUGUGUCAGUCUCCAAAACCCCUCAUGUAAGAGCUCUAGGAUAGUGUGUGAGAUGUGUGGUGGUGUUUUAAAAUGUUGUCAAUGGUGUCUUAAGUUUAAUUAUGUCCAUACCUAUGUAAAUGGAAAAGAUUUCUGUCAGAAAUGUUAUCUCCAUACCGUUCCAAAAUGUAACAUUUAAUGUCACCAGUUGUACAGUAACCUACAUUGACUCUAUGUGCUGUUUGGAAGUCAGCACAUCUACAACCAUUAGGUUUCACUCUCCUCUCAGUUAUAUGUGCCUCUCUCUGUGAAUCACGCUGAAAGUCUUCUUUUCUCAAUGUCGCUGAAAACCUUUUCCGACAAUGUACAGUACAGAGGGAAUGUAUUUAUUUAUUGACACAGCAACAGUAUCAUGAUAUGAAUGCAGUAUCUGACUUGACCUUUUUCCUGUUCACUGAUUUUUGACAGAAAAUGAGGUCAGUCCACAUCAUGUGAAUGGUAUGCUUUUAAAAACACUAUCCGGUGUUAUUAAUGCCUUAACAAUGUAUUCAUAGCACAUUAUAAGGUGCUAUGAUCCUUUAUAAGGCUUCAUAAGAAGGUGCUCCAAGUGUUACCGUGUCUUUGAUCAUGUUUACCUUGUUUAGCUGAAGAGAAAAACAAGCAAACUCAAGUUAUUGGUUAUGGUUUUUUUCUUCUCUCUUUUGCGUAAGCGAGUUGGUCAAUGUGGCUACUGUAGUAGUCAUUCCACAUUCCGAGGCAGGAUAAAUUAUAUAUCAUACGUUAUAUCGUACAUGUUAAACAGAUAUGCACAAGAAAGUGUGUAGGAGGAUAAACAUUAGGAACACCUUCCUAACAUUGAGUUGCACCCUAUUUGCCAUCAGAACAGCCUCAAUUCGUGGGGGGGGGGGGGGGGGCAUAUGGACUCUACAAGGUAUUGAAAGCGUUCCACAUGGAUGCUGGCCCAUGUUGAUCUAAUGCUUCCCACAGUUGUGUCAAGUUGUCUGGAUGUACUUUGGGUGGUGGACCAUUGUUGAUACGCACAGGAAACUGUUGAGUGUUAAAAAAAACAGCAGCGUUGCAGGUCUUGACACACUCAAACCGGUGCGCCUGGCACCUACUACCACCUACUACUAUUCACCAGGUCAGUCUAUGUCAUGGAAAGAGCAGGUGUCCUUAAUGUUUUGUACACUCAGUGUAUAUCGUACGUUAUAUUGUACCUAGAAUAAUAGUGAAGACAUCAAAACUGUGAAAUAACACAUAUGGAAUCAUGUAGUAACCAAAAAAGUAUUAAACACCCUUUGCCUUGAUGACAGCUUUGCACACUCUUGGCAUUCUCUCAACCAGCUUCAUGAGGUAGUCACCUGGAAUGCAUUUAAUUUAACAGGUGUAUCUUGUUAAAAGUUAAUUUGUGGAAUAUAGGUGUGUUCAAACUUUUGACUGGAACUGUAUAUAUUUAUACAGUGCCUUGCGAAAGUAUUCAACCCCUUGGCAUUUGUCCUAUUGUAUUGCAUUACAACCUGUAAUUUAAAUGGAUUUUUAUUUGGGUUUCAUGGAAUUGACAUGCACAAAAUAGUCAAAAUUGGUGAAGUGAAAUGAAAAAAAUGACUUGUUUAAAAAAACAACAACGGAAAAGUGAUGUGUGCAUAUGUAUUCACCCCCUUUGCUAUGAACCCCCUAAAUAAGAUCUGGUGCAAACAAUGAACUUCAGAAGUCACAUAAUUACUUAAAUAAAGUUCACCUGUGUGCAAUCUAAUGUCACAUGACCUGUCACAUGAUCUCAGUAUAUAUACACAUGUUCUGAAAGGCCCCAGAGUCAGCAACACCACCAAGCAAGCAGCACCACCACCAAGCAAGCGGCACUAUGUAGACCAAGGAUCUCUCCAAACAGGUCUAGGACAAAGUUGUGGAGAAGUACAGAUCAGGGUUGGGUUAUAAAAAAAUAUCUGAAACUUUGAACAUCCCACAGAGCACCAUUAAAUACAUUAUUAAAACAUGGAAAGAACAUGGCACCACAACAAACCUGCCAAAAGAGGGCCGCCCACAAAAACUCACAGACCAGGCAAGGAGAGCAUUGAUCAGAAAGGCAACAAAGAGACCAAAGACAACCCUGAAGGAUAUGGAAAAAGGUACUCUGGUCGGAUGAGACUAAAAUUUUGCUUUUUGGCUGUCUAGGAAAACACAAUGUCUGGUGCAAGCCCAACAUCUCUCAUCACCCCGAGAACCUCAUCCCUACAGUGAAGCAUGGUGGUGGCAGCGUCUGGGAAAGGGACUGGGAAACUGGUCAGAAUUGAAGGAAUGAUGGAUGGCGCUAAAUACAGGGAACUUCUUGAGGGAAACCUGUUUCAGUCUACCAGAGAUUUGAGACUGGGACGGAGGUUCUACUUCCAGCAGGACAAUGACCCUAAGCAUACUGCUAAAACAAAACUCGAGUGGUUUAAGGGGACACAUUUACAUGUCUUGGAAUGGCCUAGUCAAAGCCCAGACCUCAAUUCAAUUGAGAAUCUGUGGUAUGACUUAAAGAUUGCUGUACACCAGCGGAACCCAUCCAACUUGAAAGAGCUGGAGCAGUUUUUCCUUGAAGAAUGGGCAAAAAUCCCAGUGGCUAGAUGUGCCAAAAUUACAGAGACAUACCCCUAGAGACUUGCAGCUGUAAUUGCAACAAAAUGUGGCUCUGCAAAGUAUUGAGUUUGGGGGGGUGAAUAGUUAUGCACGCUCAAGUUAUUGUUUCACAAAAAUAUAUAUUUUGCAUCUUCGAAGUGGUAGGCAUGUUGUGUAAAUCAAAUCAUACAACUCCCCCGCACAAAAUCUAUUUUAAUUCCAAGUUGUAAGGUAACAAAAUAGGAAAAAUGCCAAGAGGGGUGAAUACUGUCGCAAGCCACUGAACAUACGCUCUGAGUAUCAAAGUAACUGUAUAGAUUUGUUUAGAAUCAUUGUAUUCACAUGUGGAAUAUUUGAAUGUGUCUUUAACUAUUGCUGCAACAUCUAUUGUAUAUUGUAGAGGGUUGAGUAAAAAAGUCCUUUGUCGUUUUGUAUCAAAAUGUAUGUAAAUGAUAUGAAUAAAUAUGCUUGAACAUG